UUUAUUUAAAAUUUUUAAAAAUAAGUUUACGUUUUAUUUCCCAGUGUGUUAUGUAUCUGUAACAAGGGAAAGUAUUGGUAUGGUAUGUAUAAUGGGCCUUGAUUCUAGUAAAUUUUGGAUGUGGAAGGUCGAGAGGAUGGAGAGAUUUCACUCGUUUUUAGCAUAUAAUUUUUGUUUAUAUAUAUAAUAAAACUCAUCACUGCACUCAAAAAUCCCACCAGAAAAUAUCUAUUGGAUUUCUGUAAAUCAAUUAAUUUCUAUCUAUUAAUACAAUACAUUUGCUGAUUUACACGUAGCGCCGUCUAUUGGCAAAAUAAUUAACUAAAUAAUAAACUAAAUAUAAUUCUUAUAAAAAAAAUAUAACUUUGAAAAAUAUAUAUAUUAUAUUUACUUAAUUACUGCGACAAUAAUAUAGCGCUAAAUAGACACGCUAUAUAAUUACAACGACAGGUAGCAUAUAGAUAGCACUUGCUUGCGUGCAAUCGGAAGUGUUACCCUGUGAAAAAUAUAUACGCAUUCAAUUUUUUUUCACUUCUGAAGGGCACCCUCUUAAUCUUAAUAACAGCCUUUCAGUAGCCGGGUGCGUAAAACCACUGAACUCUGGUAGUUAGUCGUGGAUUCGGGGGGCUGGCCACGUGUCGUUUUCCAUGGUUUCUUCACCUAAAUAGGCUCCAGCUUCCCAUAAAAGAUUUCUUGGGAUGCAGAUCACUCAGUAACCAAACUAAUUCUAACAAGCGAUUAUUUAUCGUAACGUCGUCACAAUGCCGAGCUGCGAUUUUUCGCUACAAUAUUUUAGUAGUAAUCUUGCCCCUGUACAUCAUACUUUUCCUUUAACAAAAGAGUCGUGCCGAUCACCUAACACCUUUCGGGAAGAAAACUUUUGAAUUGAAACAACGUGACUUCCGAUACGAACCGGAAAUUUGUGUAUAGUUAAUCGGGACCUCCUACCCCUAAACUUUUAAAAUCUGCUCUCGACUGCCUUACAUUUAUCUAACAUCAUUCUCGGGAUUAAGAAAAGACAGACAGACAGCCGGAUGACAGUUGUAACUUAUAGAUCUAUCAAUAUAAUUUUUUCAAAUUGCAUUCCAAUAAAUUUACUAGGGCCUACGAUUUAAUAUUUACUUUUGACAUGUAAAUUAGAUUACCGAUAUAUCUAAAGAAAAUUUACUAAUAAUAUUAGAUCGUUUAGUGUAAUAUUAGUGGGGUAAUUCCUUUUCAUUGUACUCUUCUAAAACCCUUUUUCGUUGGCUUUCCUCAUUGAUUAGGUCUAUAUUUCUGAGAGUUAAGCCAUAUUUAACAACACGAUACGAAUAAAUUUAAAAUAGACAAAUAAAAUAAUAAAUACACCUGAAAAUUUGAAAAAAUAAAUUGAAUGAAAAUUAAAAUAAGUAGCACCGAAAUUUGUAAAAAAGUAAAAAAUACAAUAAAAACAAAGAAGGAUUAAUUUAAAAGGGGGAAUUACUACUUGUUGUUAACAAUUGCGUGUGUAAUUAAAACAAUACCCAGUAUUGGAAAAAAAUACCACGUUUCUAUAAAUAUGACAUUAUAACCGCAGAUCCUGUUGGCCAUUAUCUGACUGUUUUACUUCUUAAAUAACUUCCAUUACACUUUCAACUUAAAAUAAAAUUUAAUUUUUUAAACAUUUAAUACUAAUGUCUUAACUCUUCUGUCUUUAUUUAUUUGUCUCCACCCUUCUGAUUUUAUCUUAUGAGGUUUUAUAAUUUGAGUCUGUUUUGUCAUAAACAAUAUGAGGGAAUUUAAUAUCCUCCAAUAUUUAUGUACAGUAACAGUUUGCACCUUUUGGGAAUUUUCACGCUAUAUAUAUAUAUUACUAAAGAUAAUGAAUAAAAAUAGGAAGUCAUGUACACUUAGAAUUAUAAAAUUUGUGUGGCUCCAUCUCUUAUAAUAUUUUAUUAUAACAGCUUACAAUACUUUCUGUUUUUAGGCAACAACCGGAAAAUUAAUGGAGGAAAAAAGCACUUUCUGGCAGUUUGACAAACAUUUUUUUAAAAAUAUCUAAUAUUAUUACUGUUGUUUGACUACUUUCAUAAGCCGUAAGCAACUCGAUAUGCAGUUUAUAUGUACUGUACAAAGGUUCUAUCCUGUAAAAUAAUGUUGUGUUUCUAUAGUGGCUACUACUAAGAAAAUUUGCUGCUUAACGAAGAGAAAUGAGAAUUAUCGUUAUAAGUUAAUACAAGGAUCCUCGUCGAAUGCGAAGUCUUGAAAUAAACAAUCUGUCAAAUUUAACCUUGAACAUAUUUCGAGUGAAAUAUAUCUAAUUACAGAUAAGCAGUAAAAACUGAUAGUGUUUUUUUUUUAACUAACACCAUUAAAUAUGCAGUGCGAAAAAGAUAAAUUUUAUGCAGUUAAUCGAUAUUUAUCUUCAAGUUUUCGUCACCUUGGACGGCUGAUUGGACGUCAUCCAUUGUAUUUUGUAAUAAUACCAUUUGUGUUCACUACUCUGUCCGCUUUGGGUUUAUUUAGGCUGAAAGUUGUUAAAGAUACGGAAUUUUUAUAUGUUCCAUCAAACGGAAGAACUUUGAAAGUCAGAUCAGAAAUAGAGAAGUUCUUUCCGGAAAAUGCUACUGACUUUGAUUUUACACGAAUGAUAAGAUAUUACGGAGCGAAUAUGAUUAUAGCUACGUGUAAAGAUGGAGGAACAAUGAUGCGUGAAGACGUAUUUGAUGAAUUACAAAUGCUAAACGAAAAGAUUCUCGACAUAAAAAUAACAUGGAAAGGACAAAACGUAACGUAUUCCGAUAUCUGUAUGAGAUCGGAAGGAGAGUGUUAUCGAAACAAUAUAUUGUCUUUAAAAACGAAAUUUGAAGAUGUUAGAAGAAAAAAGGUGAAAAUUAAGUAUCCGAUGGAGAUAAAUUCAUCGCACAUUAAUGUAGAUGCUAUCAAUUUAGGAGGGGUUUCAACUGACGAAAACAGUUUUGUAUUAGAUUUUCAAGCAGUUCGUUUACUCUAUUUCGUCGAUUAUCAUAAUUCCAGCAAACGGGAAAUGGCGGAUAAAUGGGAUAAAGAAUUUCUGAAAAUAGUCUCACAAAGUUCCUUCGUUUACAUCCGCGUAUCAGUAAUGAGUGGUAUUAAUAUUGACAAUGAACUUACUAAUGUAUUUGUAAACAUUGUAUGGUAUAUGAUUAUUAGUGGAGCAUGUAUGAUAACAUUUGCAAGUGUGACUUGUCUGGCGAUGGAUUGGGUGAGAAGUAAACCGCUAAUUGGUGUUUCCGGAUGUAUGUCAUCUUUCUUUGCUGUGGUAACUGCCUUUGGUAUUUUACUACUCUUCGGCAUGAAGUAUACAGAAACAAAUUUGGUUAUUCCUUUUAUAGUUGUAGGUAUCGGACUGGAUGACUCGUUUGUUCUGUUAGCUGCUUGGAGAAAAACCAACCCCAAAGAUUCUGUUGAAAAGAGAAUGAGUGAAACGUUCUCCGAGGCUACCAUAUCGAUUACCAUAACGUCUUUGACUAACGUUGCGUGUUCGUUAAUUGCGAUAACUACUCCUUUCGGAAUUCUCCAAAUUGCCGGAAGUUACAUGGCUGUAAGUAUUUUCAUAGAUUACAUCUAUCAAGUUACGUUCUUCGGCGGAUUUCUUGCACUGGAUGGUUAUAGAGAAGCCAAGAGCUUGCAUGCUAUACUCUUUGUUCCUGUUAAGUUGGAUGAAAGACCAUCAGGUUUACUGAGAUUUAUAAAAUAUGGCUGUUAUUCAAGUGACGGUAAUGAAGACAAAACAACAAUGAAAUGUUACAAAAACCAUUUAGGAAAGCUUCUGACGUUUUCAAUUGUAAAAGCAGCUAUUAUUAUUUUUUUUCUUCUGUAUCUCGCUGGAGGAAUCUAUUUUACGAAAUAUGUACAGCCAAUGACAGGAAUUAAUAGAGUAUUUAACGACAAUUCUUACAUGCUGAACUUCUUUCGCGAUGAGAAUACAUUUUUUUCGCAUUAUCCGGAUAGAAUCCAGAUAAUUGUUACCUCGUCAUUGGAUUACUCCGAUUCAAACAUCCAGAAUAAUAUAGAGAAAUUAACGACAGAACUGGAGAAUUCUCCUCAUGUGGCCGGAAGUAAUUUAACGGAAUCGUGGCUGAGACUGUAUCUAAAAUUCAUUAAAAAUCCACAGUUUUGGUUGUCUCUCAGAGGAUACAAUUUGAGUCGACCCGAAGACUUCACCGAUGCUUUACGCAGAGUAUUUCUUAAAUUCAAGUGGGCCAAACACUUUAACAAGGACAUUGUCUUCAGUGACGAUGGCGAUAAAAUAUUAGCUUCCAGAUUUUUUAUUCAGACGAAACUGGUUGAUGAUUCGCUGAAAGAAAACGAAGUAUUCAUUAAUCUCUGGAAUAUAAUAGAUAAAUAUAAUCUUCCGGUACAGUGUUACAAUUAUCGGUAUAUUUUCUUCGAUGUUAUCUUUGAGGCAAUUCCCACGGCAACUCAAUCAAUAGUCGUUAGUUCUUGCGUAGUGAUUUUAAUAUUUAUAAUUUUGAUACCGAAUUUGUUUUGUGCAUUUUGUAUUGCGCUCACAAUAGCUUGUAUUGAAGUAAUAACUAUAGGAUAUAUGUCUGUAUGGGAUGUUACAUUCUAUCCAAUAGUGACAGUAUUUUUAAUAGUGAUCACAGGAUUUUGCACGGAUUAUGCAGCUCAUAUAUCGUAUGCGUACGCGAAGAGUAAAGGAAAGAAUCCUAAUGAAAAACUGAGAGAUUGUUUGGACGUUGCUGGUCACGCGAUUGUGCAAGGUUGUCUUUCUUCUCUUUUCGGCGUCGUUGUUUUAAUAGCUGCUCCGUACACAUUUUUUAAAGAUAUGUUUAAAGUAUUUAUCAUAUUCAUUAUUUCUUCUAUAAUUCAAGGGUUAUUUAUUCUACCAGUUAUGCUGUCAUUGUGGGACAGUUUCCUGUUAUUAUUAUGUAAAAGUGACGACAGGAAGCGUUUAGAUGCAGAGUUUGCAGAUCUUCCAAAUACGAAUGAAGUAUUGUUAAAAUAAAAAAAUUUUUUAUUUAGUUAUACAAAAUUGCGGUAGAAUUGAAGUAAUAUAUAUUAAAUUUCUUUUAAUUAACAAUUUAAUAUAUAUAGUAUAAUGUUAUAUUGGCUACAUUAUAGGGAAUUGUUUGAAUAGAAGCAAACUUCUUACAUAAUAAUGAAGUGGUAUACUCACUGCAAUAUUGUUUGAAAAA